AUGCUGGACAACUUCCUCACUUCGAGCUCGCAGGCGACAGCACCCCGCACCAGGCUCCGCUCCGUCGGACGAUGGUGCGGCAAGCAUCUCAACUUUUACCGAGUGCACGUUCUCGUCUUCACCUUCACGCCCCUCAUUGCCGCCGCCAUUUUCUACGCUUGCAACGGCGAAAACCACAUCAAGUUCAUCGACUCCCUGUACGUCUGCGUCUCUGCCAUGACUGUCACUGGCUUGGUGACCUUCAACAUCAGCACCGCAAAUGGAGGUCAGCAAGCCAUCCUCUUCAUCCUCAUGUGCUUUGGCAACAUCUCCGCCGUCAGUGUCACCAUGAUCUGGAUCCGUAGAAGCUUUUUCCGUAAGAAGUUCGAUCGCGUCGUUCGACGCAGCGCCAAGGUUCGCAAGCGUAUGCACGACGUCGAGGAAAACGAGCGCAAGGAACGUCGACACAACAUCGCUAAGAUCCAGCGCAUGGUAGGUCUCAAAUCCUCCGACAGUGCUACCACGGUCAGCGACACUGAAGAUCAAGAUCGCACCGACAGCAGCUCCAGCGGUCAUAUUGAAAUGCGUCGCAUCGAAAAGAACAGACAACAGAAGAGCAAGGGCAAGCGCAAACCACUGCGAGCAGACAUGAUCCGUCGAAUCGAUGGGCCUGCCUUCCUCAUCAAUUCGGCCGGUGACCCGUCAAACACUAUUCCCGAUCCCGCUGCAGCCGAAGCCUCUAAUCAGCCAACAGGCGCAGCACUCACAGAGGAGCCGGAGCCGCUAAGCUCGCCCAUCUUUGCACCUGCGCAGCCCGGAGUCAGCAUCCUCAAUUCCGAGCACGACCGACGCCCAUCAGUCUUCUCUGACGAUCCCAACCACCAGACCAGCAUCCGCAUCUCGGCCCCCAACGACACAGUGCCAUCUACCAACACCAAAGAAGAUCAGGUCGAUCCGAACCCAGCCCAGCCGCCUCGUAAGAGAUUCUCAAUUCCGCGCUUCGACCACCGUCACGACCCAGACGCUGAUUCGGAUGAGGAGGCUGUAGCAGACCAAGAAGAGGAGGAGCUUGAACAUGCACCGCAUUCGCCUCCUCUGCGCGCAAGGUUCCCGGAUCACGCGUCGCCUGGGCGGAGCAGACGAGUCUCGGACCCGCCUCAGUCGCAUUUUAGACGUGGCUCCGAUACGGGUCUGUUGCACACCUACAAAACCCACGAGAAGCCCGACAUGUUCCCGCGUGCCCAGACCGUCGAGUUUGCAGUCCCCAGUGACUAUCGUUCCGCCGCCGACUCACAACAGCAACCGACACAGGGCUACACCACCGGCAACGCCAUCAAUCCUGGCGGCGGCUUGCGUCAGCGCAACACGACCUUCAAUCGCACCGUCACAGGACGCUCCUACGUCUCUGGACGCCUCAGCAAUGGCAGAACCGGCGUCCCGCUCGCACGCACACAGACUUCUUCCAAGCAACGUGGCUUUGGUGGGUUCCCUACACCGUUAGAGCUUGCCGGCAUGGCCAUCAAGAAGGCUGCACCCGGCGUGCAGGAGCGCUUCCAGAGAACAAUGACCAUGCCUCGCACCUCGACCUUUACAUCCGUGCGUUCUGGCGGAGGUCUCACCGAGACGGCCACCAAACCAGCGCCUUACCUCUCCUUCGAUGCCACCGUCACCGGCAACUCGCGCUUCCAUUCGCUCACCGAAGCUCAGCGUGAUGAACUUGGCGGCGUCGAAUACCGUGCGCUCGACUUGCUGGCAAAGCUCGUGCCCGCCUAUUGGCUCAUUGUCAACCUCGGCAUGGUGACGCUCGUGGCCCCUUACAUCAGCAGCAGCGCCUUCCGAAAGUACCGUCCUCCUUUCGAGUCUCAGGGUGAGAACAAGCCAGACUACACCUGGUUCUGGUUCUUCCAAGUGAUUUCGGCCUACUCGAACACGGGCAUGUCGCUCGUCGAUACGAGCAUGACACAGAUGCAAGACGCCUACUUCCUGCUCAUCCCCAUGGGCUUCCUGAUCUUGGCAGGCAACACCGGUUUCCCCAUCUUCCUACGUUUCUUCAUCUGGCUCAUCUCAUUGUGCGUGCCCUCCACUUCGAGGGCGUACGAGACGUUGCGGUUCUUGCUCGACCAUCCUCGUCGAUGCUUUGUCUACCUCUUUCCCUCGAGUCAGACCUGGUUCCUGCUGUGCGUCCUGGUCCUCUUCAACUCGAUCGAUUGGCUCGCGUUUUUGAUCCUCGACAUCGGCAACCCCGUCAUUGAGUCGAUCACGCUCAGCAUCCGAGUCUUUGAUGGCCUGUUCCAGUCGAUAGCGGUGCGUGCCGCUGGUUUCACGGUGGUGAGCCUGUUGGCGCUGGCUCCUGCGGUGCAGUUCCUGUACGUCGUUAUGAUGUACCUCUCCGCAUUCCCGCUUGCGCUCUCGGUGCGCAGCACCAACGUGUACGAGGAAAAGUCGCUAGGUGUGUACGUCGACGAACAUGCGGAACCAGGCGCGGUGCCUCACGAAUCGAACAAUCCAAAAGUGUGGGGCACGUUCCUCGCAUCGCACGCACGUCGACAGCUGGCCUUCGAUAUCUGGUGGCUAGGGUUUGCGCUGUGGCUCAUCUGCAUCAUUGAACGAAACGACAUUCAGGACCCCAGCUCCAACGGAUGGUUCACGAUCUUCAGCUGUCUGUUCGAACUCACUUCGGCGUACGGCACGGUCGGAUUGAGCUUGGGCACGCCUUUCGACAAUUUCAGCUUGUCGGGACGCUUCCACACGCUCUCCAAGCUGGUCGUUUGCGCGGUCAUGAUUCGAGGAAGACACCGAGGAUUACCGGUCGCGAUCGAUCGUGCCAUCUUGCUGCCGACCGAGUUGGAACAGGAGGAUAUGAUGGACGACGACCUGUCACAGUACGACGAAACGUGGGACCGCGACAGCACGUUUGUCACUGACCCUACGGCACCUACGCCCGGAGCGCCACGUGCGUCGAUGAAUGUACCAACGACCAAUCGGCAGCGCAGCGAUAGCAACGAGGGCAGCGCAGCAGGCGAAAGCAACAGCGGCAUGUCGAGCGUCAAACGUACGCAAUCCGGAGUGUCGUUCGCCAUCAACCCUCUUGCGGCGAAGGCGAGACGAAGCAGCGUGCCGCCUACGGCGAUGGAGCCGCUCUCGCCGAAGCAACAAGCAGAGGUGGCAGCACAAGAACCACGAAGGAGUUUCACGCUUACGCUGCCUCCGAGCAGUCUUCCGAUGCAUCAUGCGUCGCCCCACCAUCACGGCGGACUGGGAGGUAUGCCGCCGAGCAGCAGCAGCAACAACAACAACACCAGUGUCGCUGGAGGUAUCAUGGGAGGACCCAUGGUGGUUUCCUCACCGGGACAGUUGACUGCGAUCGACGAGAUGCCGAGCGGACUAGGUGCGACGCCGAUCAGCGAGAGUCGGUCCGAGUCUCCUGCCGUAGCAGCGGGUGUCAGUGGGCGGGAGGAGCGAACGCAGGCUUCGCCACCGAGCUUCCAUACGAACGCCGAGAGCAGCAGCAGCAGCAGCAGCGACGGGAGCCUGAAGGGGAAAGAAAAGGCAACGUCGGCGGUGGACGAGAAACGCGAAAGACAAGUAGCCGAAAAGGCAGGUUGCUCUACGCCCAACGGUCGACAUGAUCCUGUGAGUGGUGGAGAUUGA